UAACUAAGUAAUCCGUAUUGAGUGCGAUAUAUUCGUAAAUUCACUUGUUGAUAUGAUUUCCGGCUAUAAAAGGUCGACAAGAAUCGAAGUGUCAGGAAUCCCAACCUCAUAAAAUAUAACGUUUCUAUGGGAAGCAUUCUCUAAAUCUGUAAACCGAUUUCUCUUGAAUUUUUCUUGUUUUCAUUAUAUUUAUUACAGCAAGAGUACCUAAUGUAUCAUUGUUUCAUUUAUUAAGACAGCUACUCAAUUUUUAGUGCAUUUAAAUUGGCAAAGAAUUUACAGUUUAAACGCCAAUUUGACUAGCUAGUCUGACGUCAGAAUUUGUGCUACGGACUACCAAUCCCGUGACACAACCCUAUUUGAUUUCGUUCGGUAGAAGAAAGAGUCGUGUUGUGUUUGGAUUCGCGUGUGCCGCAAAAGUCUCCCGACGGUUAUCGUGAAAAUAUUACGGUCUACAUAGCUCCGAAACUCUAGAAAAAGAUGACAUCCACGGGAACUUUCCAAGGGUUCGGCGACGAGAAGAAAAAAUCCAGCAAGGUGUUAAAACCCCCUGGUGGCGGAAGCAGCGACAUUUUCGGCGCUGCGCCCGACGAGACGAGCCCCCGCCGCGUGAAGAACCACCAGCAGUCGCAGUUGGGCUCGACGCUGUUCGGGGAAACGGCAAACAGCAACAGCAGCAACGAAACGCCGCGUAACAAGCCCGGUAAUGAUUCAUACAAUCGCCUGUUUGGCCCUCCCGAUGCCCCACCCACCACCCCAAACGCGAAAUAUCACAUGCGCAGCAAUAUAUCUCUCAGCGGGGAUUCGACGUCCUCAUCGGUGUCGUCCGGCGCCGCGACGUCGCCCGCUAAGAGCAUCGGCAGCACGGACUCGAUCACGGCCGUGCUCAACGGAUACGCGGCCACCAAUGGCAACAAUCACACCAACGAUGUCACAGCUUUUAGGAGAAUCAAACGAUUUCGUGGAUCGUCCUGCUUAACUCGCAACCCGGUCACCGGAGACGGAGUCGACGUGACGCCCGUCAGACGCAGCGCACGAAGGUGUCGAGAUGGUAAUCCGGUAACUGGAACUGGCUACGCAGAGACGCCGCAGAAGAACGGGCCGGCUGUGCAGAAUGGAAUAUCGAGCUCGAAUUCCAGCGAGAAAUCGUCGACUGAUACGUCGCCCGCGGCCAAGGUCCCGGCGGCACGCACACGCGUGCCCCCCGGUGGCUUCUCGUCCGGAUUGUGGUAAAAUCUGGUAGCCGGGGCAAUCCUCUGGUCGGCAUCCUCCUCUUGGUCGGCGCCGUCGAACCCUUCCAGUGCUGAAUUAAGAAAGAAACACCGGAUCCUUGUUCAAAUUUUCCCUAUUCCAGAAUUUCAGAAUGAUUGGUUCCUCGUUUUUCGUUUCGUUGUCGUUUUCAAGUCGCGUCAUUCUGUGGUAUUUUAAAAUCGUGUUACCCAUUACGGUAUAUUUUUCGAAUCAUUUUCGUUCUAUAGAAGAGAGAGGUAUAAGGGGGGAGGGAGAGAGGAAAAGCGGAGUGUGGGAUUUUCAAGAGGAGAGAGAAAGAAACAAAAGACCGAUAUAAGUGAUCGUAUUAUUUUUUUUGCUGUUUUUCGCGAGUGGAACUUUUUUUUUCAUGUAGGAAUGAGAAUAGAAUCCGGCAAAUAUUUCGGCCAGGCCGAGAAUCUGGAAACAGUUGAUCAAUCGGUCUCUACUUGAGAUGGUGAAGAGUAAAUUUCGUAAUCAAUUAAGGUAUAGCAAAAAUUUCAAUGAAAACGCGAACGUCCUGGGAGAAAGAAGAGAGAGAGAACGCGCCCGACUCGCGAAUAUAAUUAUAAUUACUAAAGUUAGACAGCGUUCGACGAACCUCGGAAUUGUAUAUUAGACGUAGGCAUAUGUUAUCCAGAUGAGAAAAAGGUAUUAAUAACAUAAAUAAUAACGAUAAUUAAUAUUGAAACUGUAUGUAACCCGACAAAAAAAAAGACAAAUUUAAGGUCAAGUGCUUUCUUAUAAUUUUCGUGCCUUUAUUUAAUAUAAUCGUAUUCUAGUUCUUUCUUCUGCAUGAGUAUCGUUCGCGUAAUUUUAAUAGAGAGCACGGUUUCUUGUUUUGCUGGUCCCAUUAAGUCUCUUCGCUCGUACGACGAAAGCUAAUUAAAAAUUCUCGCAAUGAAAAGGAUCUUCAUGUUACUAAACGCAUAUUUCAGCAAACCACAUCCGCAGAUAUCUUCUUAAGUCGCUCGAUUUACUCUAUUGAGUACAUGAACGUGUACCGAUCACUCGAUCCUAUGUAAUCAAUCAUUCUAUUCGUGUCCUCUUAAAACCAGAUACAUACGUAUCGCAAUUCUGUCGGACGAAGUAAUCGAUAAUCGUUCAUCGUUCUUUAAAUAAUCAUUCACCACUAGCUGCUUCUUGUGUUUCACGAUAAUGUGUAAGGAAUUGUAUUUAUUGUUUUACGGUAUGAUUCUUGUGCACACGAUUUCUAUUUACGUUUGGAAUAGAAGACGAAAUGACGGAAAUGAUACUUGAUUUGGUGUGAAAAAAAGCAAAGUGAAAUCGUAUAUUGUUUGUAUCGCAUCGUAUUCUCGUCUCAUAAGUAGCCCUUUUGUACUCUGGCAUUAAUUAAUAAAAUUUUAUAAGCAACAA